AUGUGAAUAUUACCCAACACGAUCAAUGCUUAUGAAAGGAAUAUGGGUAUUAAGAUAGCCUAUCUGUCCUAUUGCCAUCACUACCGGUAAAUCAAGGAGUGUUGUAUGAAGGACUCAAGAGUCAUUGUUCUGUGAUUGGUCCAUUUGGGAAUUUCAAGGAUUCAAUUAUUAAAUAUAAUUUCAAAGGAUUAAGUUGGCUCGCUCUAUAAGUUGAUGGACUUAAUUGUAAUGAUAUCUAUCUGUAUGGAUUUUAUGGUAAUUCAACGCAUGUCACCGAGAAAGAUUGGGCCGAGUUUAAUUAACUAACCAAAACCCAAUGAUAGCGAAUGUCUUACAGUGACAGCCCAAUAAGAAUCCUGUUAGGCUCAGGGGAACUCAUUUCAGGGCCCAUCUCCAGACCAAUGCGGCCCAAAGGUAGUUAGGGUUUCGUUCUAGAGCAGAUAUAUAAUCACAUUUUCUCCUCCUUAGGGUUCUACAGCGAGGAUUGGAGCAGAAUCAGAAGAGUCCCUUUGAGAGCGGCGAGAGCGAGGCAACCGGCGGCGAUUUCGUCAAAAUGGCGAGUGCAACCAUGGAAGUGGAGGCUCCAGUUCCUGCUCCAGCGCCAGUUACUGGUCCGGUUGAGGUCAGAUUGUAUAACCGCUGGAGCUUCGAUGAUAUCCAGAGCAAUGACAUUUCCUUAUCGGACUAUAUCGGCGUCCAAGCAGCCAAGCAUGCAACUUUCAUCCCACACACAGCUGGGAGGUACUCGGCCAAGCGCUUCAGGAAGGCUCAAUGCCCCAUCAUUGAGAGGCUUACCAACUCUCUCAUGAUGCACGGAAGAAACAAUGGUAAGAAGCUGAUGGCUGUCAGGAUUGUCAAGCAUGCCAUGGAGAUCAUCCAUCUUCUAACUGAUCAGAACCCAAUCCAAGUCAUCGUUGAUGCUGUCAUCAACAGUGGUCCUCGUGAAGAUGCGACUAGGAUCGGUUCAGCUGGUGUGGUGAGGCGUCAGGCUGUGGAUAUUUCUCCGCUCAGGCGUGUCAAUCAGGCCUUAUACCUCUUGACCACCGGUGCAAGGGAGUCUGCUUUCCGUAACAUCAAGACUAUUGCUGAAUGCUUGGCUGAUGAGCUCAUCAAUGCUGCAAAGGGAUCCUCGAACAGCUAUGCUAUCAAAAAGAAGGAUGAGAUCGAGAGAGUUGCCAAAGCCAAUCGUUAAGAGAUGUGUAUGUUUGCUUGUGUCGUUGUGAAAUGCCUUGAUAAUUUUCCUACUGGUCCUUUAAGUCAAAAGGUUUUUUUAUGUCAGUUGUUAGUGAAUACCUGGAGUUUGUUUGGAUGUUGGAUGCUACAAUCAUUUAGUUGAUACUUUGAGUAAUUUCAUGCUGUAUCCGACUUUGGUUUUUCUGUUUAUUACUGCAUCCUUAUUUCCUUCUCACCUUAUAUGCCUAUGUCUCCUGGUCUGUUGGUUCAAAAGGUAGCCUAUGCCGCUAUGCGUGUAUUUGGGAAAUUAACAGUUUUGCUUAAUUUUCCUCGUUGUAAUCCCUUGGCAAUGUGAAUCGCGCUCUUGUGUUUCAGAAGCUAAACAGCAGUGAAGUGGAUUUUAAGAACAAAGAUUGACAUUUACUGUUGUAGUCAAGUUCUUAGCAAUGUAAAGUAGACAGUGUUAAGAGCCAAAGCGAAAGACUGAUCGAUCAUUAGCUCCCAGCAGUCACCCUGAAAGUCUCUACGCAUUGAGCUAAUGAGCUUUGCUCUAAGCUCCUUCAGUUCCUGCUAAAGAUUACAGAAGUCCAAGUCAAAGUAGGCGUUAAGAAGAACAUGCCCCAAAAAAGGGGCCUAUAACUUGAGAUCAUCAUCAAUAUCUUGCUUAGGGAUGGCAAUGGGCAGGUUUGGGGCGGGUUUGCUUAAACCAUCCCCAUACCCAUCUUCAAAUACCCAAACCCAUACCCGUCCCAUACCCAUAUGGGAAAUGUUUUGCAAACCCAUCCCCAUAUACCCGUGGGUUUCGGGUACCCAUGGGUAAUACCCAUACCCGUAAAUCUAACAUUAUUACACCUAAAACUUACGAGAAAAGUUUUAAUUAUGACUCUAAACGAACAUAUUAUAUCAUGAAAUCAAUAAAACACAGUCAUUUUUUUAAUAUGGUUCAAAGAUUAUGAUCCUAAAAUAUCCAUUAAUACAAAAUAUAGAGUAUAAUAUUUUUCAAAUUAUUAUGUUCUAACUCUGACACAUCUUUAAAAUAAUAAUUAACUAACAUAAUCUUGUUGACAAGGGGGAAAGUGAAAGAGUGAAAUGAGAAUUGAGAGAAAUGAAUUAGGUUUUGAUUAAGGUGGUCACUCAAUUGCAUUUCUACUAUUUAUUUUCUCAAGUUAUCCUCAUCAUCAUUGAUAAAUUAUAAUUUGAUGCACAUAUUUUUUUUAUAUACGAAGAAAUUAUCUUGGUGGGGCGGGUAUGGGGCGGGGAGGCUCAAACCAUACCUGCCCCAUAUCCAUCAAACUUUUUGCGGGUUUUACCCAUACCCGCCCCAUACCUGGUCAAAGCGGGAAUUCCCCGUGUUGACUGGGUCGGGGGCGGUCGGAUACCCGCGGUCAUGGGUUUGAUUGCCAUCCCUAAUCUUGCUAGGACGAAGCAGAUCCUGGCCUUGGCAAGCGAUGACAUGGAUUCAUUGUAUGAAACAAAUCCUCGCGCAUAAUAACCACAAUACUGUGGCUUUUACUCAUCGUAGGAGCAACAAGUGUGUUAAUUAGGUUACUAAGACUAUAUUUGGGAAAGGGGGUAAAUGGAAGGGGGAGCAAGUUUGGGGGUAAGUGCAUUUUCCAAUGUAUUUGCCCCCAUUUUGAUAAUAAUGAAUAGCGUAGGGGGCUGCAAUUAGGGGCAAAUCCACUAUUCUCAUCAGCCCCAAAAUUGGAGUGCAAAUGGAAAGAGAAAGAGUGGAAGGAUGAAUAAAAAAUAAAAUUAAUAUAUAAUUUGCUAUGUUUUAUAUGUAUGAUUUUGUUCUAUGAUUGUUGUAACUAAAAAUGUCAUGUAAUAUUAUGCUACAAUAAUACUUAUUAUUAAUAUGAUAGUAAGAAUAAUUAUUAUAAUGAUUAAAUAAUAAUUACUAUUAUAAUGAUUAAAUAAUAAUUACUAUUAUAAUGAUUAAAUAAUAAUAAUUAUUAAUUUUGCAUUGAUUCCGGGAGACAUCAUUUGAUUUACGAUGGGAAAUUUUGUCAAAUUGGUUUCAACUGUUGACUCGAUCAAACAAGUGGGUCAAGAUUCAUCAAGUGGAAUCGAGAUAUGUUGGUUGGCUCGGAUUACCUCAUCAAAUAGUUAAAAUUUACAUGUUCGAACGUGUUUGUCUAAGUUUGACCAUAUCCAAUUUAAAGUUAAAGUAGGCACAUCAAUCUUGUAGGAUGGUCAUUUAUGGUUAAAACCGAUUUGGUAAUGUCUGUUUUACUCCGAUUAACCAUCAUUUCGACAACUCGACUUCCGGGUGGGAGACAUGAGCUAGUUAUAUGUCUUGGCCAUGGAUUGGGCUUAGAGCAUACUCAUUCGAGGUUGCUCGACCAAUUAUGAUUUUUAUGGACCCAAUACUAUUAUUUAUGAAUAUUUAUAACAAUCACUACUUGAGCAUUAUUAUUUUAUUAAAUUAUAUUUUUUAUAUUUAUCAGUAUUAUUUAUUUUUAUUUCAUAUUGAUUUAUGUGUAAAUAUUUUGUGAUAAUCUUUUAUAAAUUUGAUAUGUCUAUUUUAUAAUAUUAUAAUUUACUUACUUUUCACUAAUUUGCACCCACUACUUUUUCAUCCAAACAACAAUUUACCUCUCAACUUGCACCCCCAGCAAUUUACCCCUCAACUUGGAUCCCCUUGAAUUUGCACCCUCCUAUUUGCCAAACACAACGUAAAGAAUCUUGAAUUGGAUCUCUCCCUUCUGAGUGGAUUCAGAUUAUGAACUUGAUCUCCCCUCUAUUGUAAUAGGUCGAGUUUGUACCUCAAUCGUUAUGGAAUGAAAUCUACCAAUUGUCAACAACAAAAAAAUCUCUGAUUUUGAGUGCGAGACUCAUCAACCUCAGUCAUCAACUCAUCAAUUUUGUUUAAAAUCCCUAAUAGUGUGUAAGGACCUGCACACCCUUUGAUUGGGCGAACAAAGGUUAAAAAUAGGUAUAAUAGUUUGAUUGCAAUGAACCUUAAACAUUGAACCUUAUUCCUUGUACUUAGCAUUGCUACCGUCAAACUACAAUUAAUAAUGUACAUUUAAAUUAUCUUCAGCGAAAUCAUAUGUACUUAACUCAGUCUUUUAAAUCUCUAAUGUUAUAGAUAAUGGUUAACUCUUAACAUGUGGCGACUCUUAUCCUCCCAUAAUACCUCUAUUCCAAUUUAUUGAGGUUCCAAUAUCUAACUAUCCUCUCAAAUGUGGUUGCUAAGUCAUUUGCCUCUGCUAUUCCAAUCGGCGUUAUUCGGCUAUCCAUAAUCACUAGAGUAACUUUAAAAUAACUCUCCACGAAAUGAAAUGAUUAGGAAAAUCAUGAAUCAUAUGGUAGGAUAUAUAUUGACAAUAAGGUCUUUGAUAAUUUACAUAAGGGACGGAGCCAACGUUAAGGAGGAGCCCCUAAAGUUUUGAGAAUUUAGUGAUUAUAUAGCAGUUGUCUAGGUAGCUAUCAAUGAAAUUGUUUUGGCCUAGUCGAGCUCUUCAUUUUUAUAAACUUCCAAAUGCGACAGAUGUUCAGGUCUCUGGUUCGAUCCACAUCCCCCCAUUCUUUUAAAGCAAAGAACUGUCUCUCUGGCUUCUUUUUCAAUUCAUUUUGUUAAAACUAGGGAUGGCAAUGGGUCGGAUUGGGGCGGGUUUUGUCAAACCCAAACCCAUGGGUUUAUCUGCCAAAAAAACCCGGGGUAAAACCCGUUGGGUUUGAAAAACUCAAACCCAACCCAACCCCCUGGGUAUCCGCGGUUUGAUGGGUACCCGUGGGUUUUUGUGGUAAAAAAUUUACAAUAACAAGUUUCUUUCAAAAUAAAAGUUUAACAUCAAUUUUCUCAUACAAAUUAGUCAUACAAAAAACACCAAUUUAGAGCAUACAAGCAAACCGUAAAUGAUCAAUACAAAUUGUUCAAAAUUAAAGAUAAACAUUUAUAAACAAUAAGAUUAAUUAAAAGCUUCUUCCUCGUCAACUAAGUUUCUUCACUCUCCACUUCAUAAUAUCAUCAAUACAAGCACGCGAUGAUAUUGGUCAUACCACCUUACAAGUUAUGUCAUACAAAAUGAGAUUGACAAAAAGUGGCAUCAAAUAAGAUUUCUUUUAUGUCUGAGUUACUAUCCUUUGUACUAAUCCAAAUUAUAAAAUAUUAACUUAAAAAUGAUAAUUAUACUAAAUAAAAUUAUGUUCAUUUUUACAUAUUUUGGGAUAAAAAAACAUGUUAGUCUAACAUCCUAUAGAAUCAAGUAUACUAACACUCAUGAAUUGUCAAUUCUUCUAUAAUAGUAUCUAAUCUAUGCGGCAAUUUCUAAUCAUAUCCCCACCAUUAAUGUUAGGUUGUCAUGCUAAUGGGUAUCACCUUGCUAACUGAAGUUUGACUAAGUUCACAAUAUUUCUAAGUCAACAAAGAAUGAUCAUGAUACUCCCCACUUCAUUAAUGAUUUACAAAUUGGGCAAUAAAUCUCCAAAGUUAUAAGGAGGAAAAAAGGUAUAUGUUGAAGAAUAGUCAGCCCCUAAAAGUUAUUCAUUCCGUUUUCAUCAAUAGAUUAUCAAAUUUUGUGCUGGCUGUUGGGUUGUUUAUCAAUAAGGGAAAGAACGAAUAUCAUAAAAUGUUUAUGACAUGUAAAUUACUCUGCAUGUAAUAUUUAGGGUUUCAAAAUGUAUUACUAUUAAAUUUGUUAAGGAAGACAACUGCACUGUAAUUGGUAGAGAUGUUGGUGCUUUAAAGGGCGGAGGCUAAGCGAUCACAAGAAAUUCUAAAUUAAAUUUGCAAUAAUUUUUUUAUAGGGAGGAGCAAAUAGUGUUGUCUGACUAAAUUUGUAUGAAUCAGUUUCUUGCAUGGCUUUUAUUUUUUUACUUUGAGUAAGGAAAAAAUAUAUUAUUAUGUUUUCACGCAAAAAAAAAUUAUUUUUCUUCAAAUCCUUGGCUGAACUUUUAUUGAGUUGGUCACCUCAUCAAUCAUAAUUUGUUACGUUUUUUCUUUAAUAAUUCAAUUGUUACUGAGUUUCCAGUAUGACAAAAGUGAGAUAAGUGGAUUGUUUGUUUUUCGUUUAACGAAGGCCUUAUUGGGACCAACUGGUUUAUGACAUGAUAUCAGAGUUGGUUUGUUCUUGAGAUCACGUGUUCAAGUCCCCACGACCCAAAUAUUAAUUGUUGUCUUUCAAGCACAUGGUAUGGUUGGCCUGUGCAAACUUCAAGCCCAUGAGUCGGCUUUCGUUUGAGGGGGCGUGUAAGGAGGUGGUUAAGUACCAUACAUGGGCCUGUAUAAGAUCCAACAUAACCUUCUCCAACAACUCGAGUUAUUGUUACCAACUGGUUUAUGACAUAUAGGAGGUCAACAUACGACGGUCGACUAACUCAGUCAUCAGGUCGACCGCGAUGUACCAAAGAGAGUCAGUCGUCUCCAAUCAACCUCAUCUGAGAUGUUAUUCAUCUCGAGUUUUAUUGUUCAAGCCACCAUGCUUAUUCUUCAUAUUUCCUUCUUCGAGCUCGACAUUCUUGUCAUCCAUGUCUUCGCUUAAGGGGGAGUAUUAAGGUCAACCUCAUCUGAGAUGUUAUUCAUCUCGAGUUUUAUUGUUCAAACCACCAUGCUUGUUCUUCAUAUUUCCUUCUUCAAGCUCGACAUUCUUGUCAUCCAUCAUCCAUGUCUUCGCUUAAGGGGGAGUGUUGAGGUUACUUAAACCGAGUUAGUCUUGGGCCUUGUUGGGCCUCGUCUGAUUCGUUGGAUUAGGGUUAUAACCCUACGUCUAUCUCUAUAUAAGCUUAGCUACGAGAUGGUCAUCGUUACAAUGAGAUCUUGUUAUAAUUUAGUUUUUGGAGCUCCUCGCUUUCCUUUUGUUUCUCAACCGGCUAGAUUUAUGCAUGAGUUUAUGGUGUUUAAGGUUUGGAGUUGAUUAGAUUAACAUGCUUUUUGUUCGAUUAAGAUGAUGGAUCAACGCUAUUUUUUUGUUUUUCGAUUGAAAAAGAUUGACUCUACUUCAUUUUUUUCCGAUUAAAAGAGAUCAACACUACUUCUGAAUCAAAGAAGCACACCAAAAUCUAAAAUUUUGCUUUUCAUAUUAGAUAUUAGUUUUAUAUCUAAAGUUUUGCUUUUCAUAUGAACCCUACCAACUAGUUUAUUUGGGCUGAAACGAAUUAGGCGAUUGCAUUUAUUUGAACACAAUCAACUAGUCCUUACAGGAAUUGAUGCCCAAUAAUAAAAAUGGGCUGGAUAUUCAUUUCAAAUAAAAAUAAAUAAAAUUAAAUCUGUUUCUUCCCCUUCCUCAUUGCCCAUACAACAGCAGAGUGCCAGAAACAACCAAGAUGAUCAAACAACCAAAAACAUGACAAAACAAACGGAAAAAUGGGUC